AUGCAAUAUAAUGAUAAGAAUCUCAUUGAAGCCAUCAAGAUACUACGGUCCCAUAAACCUGAAAUAGCCUCCAACGAGAUUUGGGAGUCUCUCGUCAUACGUUGGCCUGUGCGAUUGGACGAGAUUGUCGUGGAACUUUGUUUGGUAGUACAUUUUGGGUAUCUUCUCGACGAGACCAUAAUACUAAGAGCCAGACACGAAAUGGCGGACAGGAAGGCUAGGAGGAAGGCCAACGAGGAUGGAUGCGAAUGUGCACGUUUUCGCGAUCCUGUGACGGAGAGUGACAUCAGAUAUUACCAAGAUGGACCAAAGGAAGUGGACCCAAGAACAAGUAAAUCUGUCUCGCUAUUGCGAGUCAUGUUGAAGACACCGACCACUAUCAUGAGUUUUCUACCACGAGAUACGCCAACCGAGUUAUCUAGGAUACCAUUCUACGACAUGGAUGUUGGUCAACGUGUUUAUGCACUCUUCUAUGCUGAAUGGAAUGCCUGGAUGGGACCACCAGCGGGACCACCAGUGGUACCAAUUUCUCACAAUGACAAUUAUGACUUUAAGGAAGAGCCUGCAUUAUUCGAGGACCGUUCAUGUUGCCAACACAUCAUACCUUAUUGGAAUCCGAACAUUGGUUACAGUUUCGAAGAGCAUGUUCAAUCAGCAUUGCGAUCUCCAUGUAGUAAUUGGCGUACCAAUUUUUCCUGGCUGACCUGGACGUUGACGCGAACGCAAGACCAAGAUACAGUUAUGAUGAUAAACAGUGUUCUGGCGGGGCGGUUUGGUUUUAAAAGUCGUUCCAUGUCGCGGGGUUUUGUUGAAUGGCAAAAUUGGCAUAACGAAUGGUUUCAUGAGACUCGAAUUCAGGAUGAUGGAAAAGUUGCAUUUGUGACACCAAAGAAGGGUGAGCCAGAGGUGUGUUGGGCGGAGGUUGAUACCGCAAUCGCUUACCACUACUUUCCAUUGAAACUUGAUGUAGGAAUACCGCUACCGUCGUUCGAAGCGUUAGAUGAAAUGAUGGCGAAAGAUUUUGAGAUGGAUUUGGCAAUGGUCUCACCGGAGUUGGCUAAUGGAGGCAACAGAUGUAAGAACAGAUAA